GAUGCAUGCUGGGAAAUCACAACCGUCGUCUAUCCGCCAUCUUUCUUCUCACCGAAGCUAGGAGGGCAAAAUAACAAGCACAUUUUAAUGAUUCUCUUCACAGAAUAAAGUUAUUUGCUGGCUGUAACUGGCCCGGUUGAACUCACACUAGUUGUGGAAAAGGAUCAGCGGAUUAUUUUGGUUUCACAGCCGCUCAAAGACUUCUGGAUAGCGGUACACUGCGCCUGUCAACAUGGGCCGCUCUCGAAGCCGCAGCUCGUCCCGGUCCAAACACUCCAAAAGCAGUAAACACAGCAAGAAGCGGAGCCGAUCCCGGUCCAGAUCCAGAGACCGGGAGCGCUCCAAAAAGAGGUCCAAGUCCCGUGAGUCGAAGAGGAAUCGCCGUCGGGAAUCACGCUCUCGGUCCCGCUCCAACACAGCCUCGUCCCGCAGAGAGCGAGCUGUUUCACCGCCCGAACGCAUCGACAUUUUUGGCCGGACCCUGAGCAAGAGGAAUGCCCUGGAUGAGAAGCAGAAGAAGGAGGAAGAGGAGAGGAAGGCUGAGAUGGAGCGACAGAGGAAGAUCCGGCAGCAGGAGAUUGAGGAGAAGCUGAUCGAGGAGGAGACGGCGCGACGUGUGGAGGAGCUGGUGGCCAAGCGUGUGGAGGAGGAGCUAGAGAAGCGCAAAGAUGAGAUUGAGCGUGAGGUUCUGCGACGCGUAGAGGAGGCUAAGCGCAUCAUGGAACGGCAACUGCUCGAGGAGCUGGAGAGGCAGAGGCAGGCCGAGCUGGCCGCGCAGAAGGCCAGAGAGGAGGAAGAAAAAUCCAAGCGGGAGGAGUUGGAAAAAAUCCUGGAGGAGAAUAACCGCAAGAUCGCAGAAGCUCAGGCCAAACUGGCCGAGGACCAGUUGCGAAUUGUGGAGGAGCAGAGAAAGAUCCAUGAGGAGCGCAUGAAGCUGGAGCAGGACCGGCAGCGGCAGCAGAAGGAGGAGCAGAAAAUCAUCCUGGGCAAGGGCAAGUCCCGGCCCAAGCUCUCCUUCUCGCUUAAAGCCACCGAGUGACUGCUACCCUGCGCCCCAAAAGUGACGCGUUUCCCCCUUCCCCUCCCUCCACCCUCCUCCAGCUCUCCUCCUCUGUGGACCGCACGCUUCGUUCUUGGAAGUGUUACCAAGCAAAAACAAAAAAAAAGGAAAGGCCACCCUCCUCCGCCGACCUCCAUAUCGCAGCGGUUUUAUUUUUCAUUUUUUAGGGAUGAACUUGUUUUUUCCCAUGUAGAACGCUUGUCCGAUUUUCAGUCUUAACAAAAGCAAACUGUAUGCCUUUUUACAUGUCUGCAGUCAGUGUGAACUCUUCAAAAAAAAUUUGGUCCCUUAUUUUUAGGAGAUGUAGGACGUGAAAAUGUACGUAGGCUGUCUGUCAGUCAGCGGUUUUCAUGGUUAGCUUGGGAGUUGGCUCUUGGGUUUCCUGUUUUCAUUUCUUUUCAAAAUAAGAGCUCAAAAUCAGUAACCAUAUUUUUGAAAGCACACUUGAAAUUGCUUCCUUUUAACAUUUGUUGCUGGUUUUCUUGUUUUUAAAAAAAAUGCAUUUUUCAUUAUGAAAUUGCUCAAAAAUUAACAAAAACGCUAACCCAACUCCCAACCUGCCAAAUGAAUUCAAAAGAUAAUGGACUUUAUUUGUAUGUCAUGCUAUUUUUGUCAGAAUCCACAAAACUUCUCCUUAUUGCAGGGUUUAGAUCCUAGAACAUGAAUGCUAACUAUUUUCUUUUUUUUUUUUGAGGGGUAAAAUUUGCUACAAAAACCUAAUCCAAAUAAGAAAGUUGUGUUCUGUCCCUGAAAAUUUGAUUUAGUAUUGGAAUAUGGCGUCUUCGCUUGGUAAGUGUUGGAUGCACAGGUCCAGGUAAGAAACUUGGGGUCAUGAAUGAAAGGGUGAGUGAGUGAGUGAAAGAAUGAAUAGUUGCAUUAUUGUGUGUGUGAAUGUGUAAUAUAUGACCUCAGGCUGGUGUACUGAAAUUGUCCUUGUCAUGGGAUUUUGAAUUUGUCGUGUAAUUCUCCCCAGUUGUCAAGGGACUGAACCAUUCAAUAAAUCCGUUGAAUGCUACAA